AUGUCUACUCCAAAGGUCUUUAGAAUCGAUUGCGGUUACCAAAACUACGACUGGGGUAAGAUUGGAUCCAGUUCAGCUGUUGCCCAAUUUGCAUCUGCUUCCAACAAGGAAACCACCAUUGAUGAAGCCAAGCCAUAUGCUGAAUUAUGGAUGGGUACUCACCCUUCUGUGCCAUCUAUUGCUGUUGACAUUGCCAGUGGCAAGCAAACUCUCAGAGAGUUAAUCAGUGCCCACCCUACCGAGUUGUUGCACAAGUCAAUCAUUGAAAAAUUUGGUUCUGAUCAAGAAUUACCAUUUCUUUUCAAGGUCUUAUCUAUCGAAAAGGUUUUAUCCAUUCAAGCUCACCCAGACAAGCAAUUAGCAGCUCAACUCCAUGAUCAAGAUCCUAAGAACUACCCAGAUGACAACCAUAAGCCAGAAAUGGCCAUUGCUGUCACCGAUUUUGAAGGAUUUUGUGGAUUCAAGCCACUUGCUGAAUUAGCAAAGACCUUACAAACCAUUCCUGAAUUGAACAGUAUUAUUGGUACUGAACUUGUUGAAGAAUUUGUUGCUGGUAUUAAGCCAGAAGCUGAAAUUGGUUCCAAUGAUGAUUCUUCCAACAGAAAGCUUUUACAAAAAGUUUUCGGUAAGUUGAUGAACACUGAAGAUUCCAUCAUUAAUGAAAAGGCUGCCAGUUUAGUUGCUAGAACUACUUCUGAACCACAACUUUUUGCCUCUAUCUCUUCCCUGUUGGCUGAAUUGAUUCAACGUUUGAACAAGCAAUUCCCUAAUGAUAUUGGUUUAUUCUGUGGAUGUUUACUUUUGAACCAUGUUUGUUUAAAGUCUGGUGAAGCCAUGUUCUUACAAGCAAAGGAUCCACAUGCAUACAUCUCUGGUGAUAUCAUUGAAUGUAUGGCUGCCUCCGAUAACGUUGUCAGAGCUGGUUUUACACCAAAGUUUAAGGAUGUUAAGAAUUUGGUUGAAAUGUUGACUUAUUCUUAUGAUUCAGUUGAAAAGCAAAAGAUGCCAUUACUUCCUUUUGCCAAGGCUCAUGGUGAAGCUGAAAAGUCAGUUUUAUAUAACCCACCAAUUGCUGAAUUUGCCGUUUUACAAACUAUUUUCAACGCUACCAACAAGACUCAACAACAUGAUGCCUUUGAUGGUCCAUCGAUUGUGAUCUGUACUAAGGGUACUGGAUCAAUCAAAUUUGAAGGUGAAACCAAGCCAGUUGAAACUGGAUUUGUUUACUUUAUUGCGCCAGGUGCACCAGUUGAGUUUGUUUCUACUUCUGAUGAUUUUACCACUUACAGAGCUUUUGUUGAAGUAUAG